AUGGGAAACUGCUCGGUUGUUUGCAGACGCGAUAAUAAUGCUCCUUGUUUUCGGGAUGCUGAAAAGAGCAAGAACAAAAAUGUUGUGCAGCUUGUGAAGAUUGAUGGGAAGGUCAUGGAGUUUUCAGCACCAAUUCUUGUGAGGGAUGUGCUACAAAAUUUCUCUGGCUUUAAUAUUGCUUUGUCGAGGGAGGCUCUCCAGCAUCUUCCUUUGAGUUCCAGGUUGAAGCUCGGGGACACGUACUAUCUCAUUCCUUCGGUUGAUGGUUUAGGAAUUGAGAAAGGAGCUCGAAAGGUCGACAACGAGGGCGAGGGCAGUGUCAAGAGGAUAAAAGUUGUUAUAACAAGGCAACAAUUGCAAGAUUUGCUGUCUGAACAGGGGCUGCCUGUUGAUAUUUUAUCACAACUCAGGAGUGACACAUGUUCUGAAAAUGAAAAAUUUACGGCAAUUUGGAAGCCGAAGUUGGAAUCUAUACCAGAAGAUGAUGAGAUUAGAAGCAUUUUCUAG